ACAGUUGUUAAAGCUACAGUCAGUCCAUAUCAAGAUGAUCAGAAUCUGCCUUCUUUGGGGACUUCUCUCUCAAGUGUACCUGAUUCAGACUGAAGAUGCUCCUCAACCAAUACCAGUGACUACUCGUCUAUUUGGAGACAAUGUAUCUUUGCUAUGUCCUAAAGCGGAAUCUGAACAAUUCCUGUACUGGUACAGACAAACUGUUGGCCAAUUGCCCCAUCUUGUUGCAUCUGUAUCCUAUGCAUCAGAACCUGUACUUAAAGGAGAGUUUAAGAACCCACGUUUCCAUGUGGAGGAAUCUCAAUAUGGGUAUAAUCUCAAAAUCAGAAAUAUCAGCACAUUAGAUGAGGCAACAUACUUUUGUGGAAUUGGGACAAUGUAUGGGAUGAACUAUGGAAAUGCAACAUUUUUGGCUGUGAAGGGACACAAUCACCCUACAUUGGUGCAGCAACCAGUUUCUGAUCCAGUCCAUCCAGGAGACUCUGUGAUUCUGCAGUGUACAGUACUCUCUGAGACCUGUACAGGAGAACACAGUGUGUACUGGUUCAGAGCUGGAUCAGGAGAAUCCCAUCCAGGAGUCAUUUACACCCCUGGGAACAGGAGAGAUGAGUGUGAGAAGAGCCCUGAGACUCCCUCUCCUACACAGAGCUGUGUCUACAGCCUCUCCAAGAACAACCUCAGUCUCUCUGAUGCUGGGACUUACUACUGCGCUGUGGCCACAUGUGGGGAGAUCCUGUUUGGCAACGGAACAAACCUAAAUAUUGAAAGAUCGCUGGAACAUGUAGUCAUUGGACUGGGAGUGACAUCAGUUUUCUGUGUGAUUGUGAUCAUUAUCCUCGUCUUCACCAGAAAUACAAAGCCAAUUUGUGAACAUUAUAAAGCAGUGAGUGUUGCUCAGCAUAUUGGACAUGACAACUCAAGCACCAAAUGUGAUCAGGAACAAGACCCAGAUACCCUGAAUUAUGCUGCAUUGCAUUUCUCUGAGAGUAAAACUAAAAGAGGAAGAAAGAAGAGAGAGACACCACAGGAAAGUAUGCACUCUGAUGUCAGAUACUCAGACUGGGAGUGAACUUUGUUAAUGUGCAGAGGAAUGGAUGUAGUUUGGUAAAUAAACUUUUCUUAAUAUAUAAUGUGUUUAAACAGUCAUGACAUUUUAGCCUUACUGAUACAGUGACAUUUGCUAUCAAGUAAGACAGUGGCAACAUUUUCCCUAUACCCAUCACGAGUUUGCCACAACCUAGCCUAUGAAUGAAAGUUUACAACGUAGGUGCGCACAGGUUGAGAGAAAGAUUUGAGGUGACAGACAGUGACACAUGGACAGACAAGGACACAUUCAAUACCGCCUUGCACACUUUUGCCUGCAUCUAGCUGAUCUAGGGUGCAAUCAUUAGUCAAACAGUUACAAACUAGAGUUUAUUUUUGAAACAUUUAGGUAUGUUUUUCCCCGUUACAUUCCGUUUUCUUCCAUUUAAGAUUUAUUUUACAAAGAAUCGGCAGAAUGAAUACACCCCUGAUCACACACAAACUGCUCACUUUCAUAGCCACAUAUAAACAACUUGUUGUAUUCCUUCUCGCAUCGAUUCCAGGCUGUAUCACAACCGGCUGUGGUUGGGAGUCCCAUAGAGCAGCGCACAAUUGGCCCAGCGUCGUCCGAGUUUGGGUUUGGCUGGGGUAGGCCGUCAUUGUAAAUAAGAAUUGGUUCUUAACUGACUUGCCUAGAUAAAUAAAGGUUAAAUACAUAAAUAAAUAAUAUAAUAAAUAAACAAUCAUGCAGUACAAUGUACAGUCAGUAAGCUGUUUAGCACCUACCUCAGGAUGCCUCUCUGCUUGGCACUCAGCAUAAAGGAGAUGGAUUGGGAUAAGUGUCCUGUCCAGGAGGUGUACUUGUACAUCAAGCUGCAUUCCGCUAUAGAAUCGGAAGAUAGACUACUGCCACUGUGAGGCAUUCUGGCUUGGACAAGGAUUCAUUUUUCUCUAUUUUCAAUAAUGUAUAAUUGCACAAUGGUUCUAUUUUUAUUGUUUAAAUAAUUUUUCUUAAAUGUAUUAUUGGUGUGGUAUUCACUGUAACCCAUGAAACCACCAAUAAGAUAGCAUGACUUCUUAAACAUUGUAUAUAAUGUAGGUUUAUUACGUUCUCCAGUAUCUACAGAGUUCCAACAGCGUACUGUAAUUAUAGCUAUAAUGUACCAGCAUGUACCUGUAGGGCUGUGUCGAAUCAUCAAACAAAUGUUUUAAUUAAACAUUGUCUGAUUCAUCACAUUAUUUAAAAUUGACCUUUUAAUAAUGGUACAUAGUGUGAUUCACACAACUGUCCUCAAAGUUCAACUCUUUGAAAUGGAUUACUAAUUAAACAUACUGCACAUGCAUUCACACUUAAUUUCUGAAAUAACAAAAGAACCAAAAAAGCACAAGCCACACAAUAUAUAUAGGAUUGGUUAGUAACUCUGGAAAUUACACACCUUUAAACUGUAUAAAACAAACUGUAAUCGAUGUCUAUAAAAAAGAUUGCUUGUUUCUGUCAGGUUGCAACUUAAAAUGGUUGACCGACUGGAUGCUCCCUGUUCUUUCAUUUCUUUCUCCUGGUUCCAGUUGUCUUGGUGGUGAAGGUCACUCCAGUGUAUUGUAGCCAGUCACCACUGAAUCCCUGAGAAGAAACAUGGACAGAAUCUUUUUUUUCACAAGAUGAGCGAAUCAUUUCCACAAGUCUUUGUUACAGAAUAGUAGAGUAGCAUAGCAGACAUCUGAAAUGGCUGGUCUCAGUGAAAAAUAAAGCAUUGAUGUUGAUCAUUAAGUAAGAUAGUAGUCACAUACUUUUUUGUAAGCUAGUGUCAUGACUCUCUCUCCUUCGUGAGGAUCAAAGGUGCCAGAUCAGUUUGGCACAUGGCGGACAGACAUCCCAAACCCCCAAUCUCCCACAGGAGAGAGGAGGGGGAGUUGGGCUGGUUUUAUGACUUAACAACUGGUCGUAAAUACCUUGCAGAAACUCUCCCUUUGGGUUUUUAGUAUGAGAAGGGAAAGAAACCCCUGUGUUACAUAUAGACUCUUGCCCAAAACUUCAACAUCAAAAAAGGAACACUGGGAGAAUAAAUUUCAACAUCCGAAUGUUGGGAAUGAUGAGAGAUGGAAUAUGGAAAAUGUAUGUAUAUUUUGUGAUGUCAUUAAAAUUGAUAGAAAGACGUUAUAACGGGAACAUUGUAACUUGAAGAGCUUGUAUACAGAGUAUAUCAGGUUUACAUCGAAAUGUUGUUAAUACAAUAUGAAGAACGAUUAAACUGUUUUUGAAAAGAUAAAAAUGUGAUUUUAGCAAUCUAAACAAGAAUUGUGUUUCAUGCAAACUUGUGCCCAGUCAGUAGCCACGCACAAGUGACCUCAGAGUUUGUGUCAACAUGACGGAACGCCCUCCAAGGCCAGAAUGCUUAAAAGGACUCGCUAACAAAAUGUACAUUAGACUAAAACAUGCCAGGUUACUUCUGGCGUGUAUAGUGGUCGGGAGCUGAACCCUGAAUAAUCAAUCAUUGAAGACUAGAGAACGUGAGGCUGUCGCCCACACUUUGAAAUGGUUAAAAAUACACAACCAGACAGGGUGGAUUGGUGGCUACACAGCUGAGAAUGGUAGGACCCUCUGAAACUCUCAACGAAUGAAGAAGGUAAAGACUGGACCAAACAUUCACAGUCUGCAGCUGUGUAUGUAGUCUAGUACAUUUGACCAAAGACGAGAGGGAAGAAUAGAUCCCUCUGAACACCGUGUGGUACACUUGAAGUACCUAUUCCAAUGAACACUCCAAAACAAAAGAAGCCUACAAAUUAGGACAUUGUGAUCUCUGGUGGACAACCAGAGACUUACAUCGAACCACUUUCCAUAGAACCAUCGAGUUCAACAGUGAGACGACAAAGACAUCUAUGCGUAAAUAUAUACAUUGCAUUUCUUUUCCGAAUGAGCAGUCGUUCAUGUGCAAAGUAUUCAUAUUCCUGUGAGUGUAGCUUCCAAAUAUAUGUACGAUAACUUGACUCUCUUUGUCUCUCCAUCUCCUUACAUACCCCUCCCUUUCCAUUGUGUAACCGAACGGUCAUGCUUUUGUUAGUCCACUAGGGACCUGUUUUCAUUGUAUUAUGUAUGCAAUCAAUAACCUAUGCUGUGUCUGUUUACGUGUUCUGUGUGAGGAUUUAG